CGCUGCUCCCCGUCCCCCCUCCCGGCAUGUCCUCGCCUUCCCCUUCUUCCUUCCUGGGCCCGAAGACGGCGGAUCGCCCGAAAGUGCCCCGGACGCGGGCGGCCACUUGGAGCCACCGGGAGACGCUGGACUUCCUCGCCCUGUGGGGGGAAGAAGGCAUCCAGGCGCAGCUCAACCGGUGCCACCGGAAUGCCGACGUCUACCAGUGGAUCUCGGAGCGCAUGGCGGAGAAGGGCUAUUUCCGCGACGAGGACCAGUGCCGCACCAAAGGCAAGGACCUGAAGAAGAGUUACAAGCAAGCCAAGCUGCAGGACGGCAUCGCCCGACAGCGCUGCCGCUUCUUCCACGAACUCGACGCCAUCCUGGGUGGCGGCGGCGGCGGCGGCAACCGCGGCACCGGCGGCGCUCCGUGGUGCCAGGUGGUGAUCAAAGAGGAGAGCGAUCCGGAGCUCGAUCCGGAUCAGGAGCUGCAGGAGGACGAGUACGCGUGGACCCAGGUGUCGGUCACUGACGGCAGCGAUCUGGACCCGCAAGGCGAGCCUGCCGCCGCCGCCGCCGCCUCUUCCUCCUCGUCUUCCUCGCAAGCAGCUGGGGGCUUGCUCCACCACGAAGACCCGAUCCUCCAUCACCACCACCACCAUCACGUCGCGGGGGGGAUCGUCAAGGAGGAGAAAAGCCCCGUGCCAGAAGAGGCCAGCCCCCACGGAGGAGGAGGAGGAGGAGGAGGGGGGCCUUACCUUUAUGCCCAGGAAGACGCCCACGUGGAGACCCCCAGACGGGAUAUCAUUGGACCCAGCGGGGUGGAGGACCCUCUCCUUCGCCAAGAGACCCGGGCGCAUUUGGAGGCUCCCUGGAGGCCCGGGCUGAACAGGAGAGCUUUUUCCAGGCCACGGAGCCUGCUGAGCACACGGGAAAAGUUGGCCCAGCUUCGGAACAGGAGGAAGAGACCCCGAGAUGACAAAUUUGACGAGCUGGUGCGGGACAUCCGGACACAUUUCCGGGAACGGGAGAAGCUGUUCCAGGGCUUGUGGGAGGAGGAGAAAGCCCAGCGAGAGAAGGACAGGCGUCUCUGGACCGCCGAGAUGGACUGGAUCCGGCAGAUGUGGGCCAAGAGCCAGAAGGAGAAGGAGGCAGUGGCAGAGGAGAAGGAGGCGAAUGGCCCGCGGCCCGUGAAGGAUGAGAACUGGAACAGGGACCUCUGCAAAGACACCAAAGGCGAACCUCCUAAGAACACCAGGGUUCAAGAGCCCCUUCUCUUAAAGUCGUGGCUGGAAUCUCAUGGCCGUAGCUUCGGGCAUUUUGUAGACGGGAAGUGGCUGAAGCCAGAUGGCAGGGAGACCUGGACCACCAAAAAUCCCACUACAGGGGAGCCGCUGGCCACCACCCUCCAGGGCAGUGGAGAAGAUGUGGACGCAGCGGUCGAGGCUGCCACGAAAGCCUUUGGAAUGUGGAGCCAACUCCCUGGCCACGUUCGAGCCCGGCACCUGUACAACAUGGCCAGGACCCUCCAGAAACACCAGCGCCUUCUCAGCCUUCUGGAGAGCCUCGACAGCGGGAAGCUGAUCCGGGAAGCCCGAGAUGCAGACCUGCCUCUGGUCGUCCGGCAUUUCUACCAUCACGCUGGCUGGGCCCAGCUCAUGGAGGUGGAGAUGAAGGGUUGGAAGCCCCUCGGUGUGAUUGCUGCUCUCGUCCCUCAAAGCUUUCCGUUACUGACCCUGACGUGGAAGGUGUGCCCAGCGCUGGCCAUGGGAAACACGGUGGUCUUAAAACCGGCCAGCUCUACCCGGCUUACAGCUCUCCUCCUGGCCGAGGCCUGUGCCCAGGCAGGGCUACCUCCCGGCGUCCUCAACGUCGUCACGGGCGAUCAGGGGCUGGGUGAGGCCUUGGCUGCCCAUCCAGGCGUUGACAAAGUGGCUUUCGCUGGCUCUGCUGAGGUGGGCCGCAGCCUGCGCCGUGCCACAGCCGGGACUGGCAAGAAGCUUUCCCUCCAGCUCGGAGGCAAGUCGCCCUUCAUCGUCUUUGACUCAGCCGACCUGGAUAGUGCUGUCGACGGGCUGGUGGAUGCCAUCUGGCUGAAUCGAGGGCAGGUCCACAACGCUGGGUCUCAGCUGCUCCUGCAGGAAUCCGUUGCCAAAGACUUCAUUCAGCGCCUGAAGCGGCGCAUGGGGCAGCUCCGCGUGGGAGACUCCCUGGACAAGGCUGUGGACUUGGGUGCCUUGGCCGACGCGAAGCAGCGCGACGUCAUUGAGAGCCUCGUGGAGGAAGCGCGGGCUGAAGGCGCCGAGAUUUUCCAGGCCUGGGCCUCCCUCCCAUCAAGUGGGCUGUUCUACCCUCCAACCUUAAUCACCGGCGUGUACACUACCUCCCGUUGCGUCAGGGAAGAGUUCUUCGGACCUGUUCUGGUAUCACUGACUUUCCGGACUGCCAAGGAGGCAGUGGCUUUGGGGAACAGCACUCCCUACGGAGCGGUCGCCAGCGUGUGGACAGAGACCCUCCCGCUUGCUCUGGAAGUUGCCCACAGUUUGCAGGUUGGAACUGUCUGGGUCAACGGCCACAACAUGUUAGACGCUGCCUCUGCCUUCGGGGGAUACAAGGAAAGCGGCUAUGGUCGGGAUGGAGGCAAAGAGGGCCUUUAUGAGUACGUGAGACCAAAUUGGGAGAUCCGCCCACACCCCAGUAUUGUCGACCUGAACUACAAAACCUUUGCUACCUCACAGGGAACUGAGUUCCCUCCGGUUCUUGCAGAAAGUAGGGUCCCACGCUCCGUAGUGUCUGACCCAGAAGGAAGCAUCCCAAGCGUGGACCGAACCUACAAGCUCUACUACGGCGGUGCCCAGAAGAGGCCAGAUUCCAUGAGUUCCCGUGCCGUCCUUGACCACGCCGGCAAAAUCGUGGCGCACGUGGCAGACGGGAGCAUCAAAGACAUCCGGAAUGCCGUGGAAGCCGCUCACAAGGCAGCUGCCGGGUGGGCAAAACAGACAGCUCAUGCCCGGGCACAGAUAUUAUACUACCUGGCUGAGAACUUGGAAGUCCGUCGAGCUGAAGUUGCAUCACGACUGGAGGCGUUGACCGGCACAGAGAAACAGGCGGCUCUACGGGAGGUGGACCUCAGUGUGCAGCGUCUCUUCUACUGGGCAGCGUACUCUGAUAAAUAUGGUGGGACUGUGCAGGAAACAACUUUGUACGGCGCCUCCCUCCUCUUUCGAGAACCUCUCGGGAUAGUCGGGAUUGCCUGUCCCGAUGAGCAGCCCCUCCUUGGUUUCGUCAGCUUGUUGGCCCCUGCUGUCAUCCGUGGCAACUGUGUGGUGAUGGUCCCCAGCCAGCGGUACCCGUUGCUCGCCCUGGAUUUCUAUCAGGUCCUGGACACCUCAGACGUCCCUGGUGGAGUGGUGAACAUAAUCUCUGGCAACCGAGAUCUUUUGAGCCGGGGCUUAGCCGAACACCAAGACGUGCAAGCCAUGUGGUACUUCGGCUCCAAGGAGGGUUCUGCACUUGUGGAAUGGGCCUCUGCCGGGAAUCUGAAGAGGACUUGGGUGAACUACGGAGCAGAGCAGCGAUGUUGGGCUGACCCAGAAGAGGGGGCUGGGGAAGAGUUUCUCUAUCAGGCCACACAAUGCAAAAGUGUCUGGAUGCCUAUGGGCGAUAUAUUUGCCAACUGAGCCUCUGGAUCACUGGGGUGAACUGCCAGGCAAUCAGCAUUGGAGAAGGCAGGAUGGGGGAAACACUGGGCUUGAGAAUAAAGGCCAUGAUUUGGCAGUUUUUUUAAAA